AUCUAAUUUAAAUUAUUUUACAAAUAAAUAAAGCCUAAUCGGAUUUGCCAUCCUGUAUCCAAUAAGAUAGUAUUAAUUAUUGUAUCAACCAUUAAUAAUUGGGCCAUUAAGUAUACUCUUGUUUCACUUAAAUCUAUCGACUGUAAGAUGACCCAGAAGAAUAAUGGAUUACUUAUACCUAAUUUUAUCUGAUGGUUAAUAUAUUUUGUGCUCAAAAAGUAAUAGAAAACAAAUACAUCAUAUAGUUAUCUCUAUUGGAAGAUUUAAAUAAUCUCUAUGAAGUGAUGAUUUUAUAAAUAAAUUAAAGUUAAGAAUAUUUGUAAAAUUUGAAAUAGGAAAUAUGGAACAUAUAAAAUCAAAUUAAUUUAAGUUAUUAAGAGUUGAAAAAAAAUAAAACAAUUGUAGACAACUUAAUUGUGGAAUAACAAGAGUUAAAUCUCUAAAUCUAAAAUCAAUUUUAACAAUUCUAGCAAUAAUUUAAAUAAUUUAAUAAAGAAAACUUAUCCCUCAUUAAACAGAACACGAUCAUAAUUACAAGCUUAAAGGAAUUCUUAUAAGAUAUUCUAUUAUAAAGGGCUAAUUAUAAAAUACUUCUUCAUUGUAUCAUUUUCAUCAUUCAUAAUUCCUUGACUAUAUUUUAUACAUGCUUUCUCUUAACUUAAGCAUAGUUUUGAACAACGAUAUAGAAUUAGUGUUUUUUCUUAUGAUAUUUCUUUAUUAAUUGAUUUUGUAGAUUAGACAUAGAAAUAAAUUUUAAGAAGCUUAUUAUACUUUAUAAUAACUAGAGUUUCUCAAAACUCCGAAUUUUAAGAAAAUGAUUAAAUAAUUAUAAAAUAUUACAUGAAAAUUAUUUUAUUCUUCGUUCUCCUAAUAGGAAUUCAUCACUCACUUAACUUAAAUCCUGUUAUAGGGAUCUUAACAAUACCAUCGGAUGAAGAUUAUUAAGACUACCCAUCUUCAUAAUAUUCAUAUAUCGCUGCUUCAUAUGUGAAAUACGUAGAAUCAUCUGGCGCAAGAGUUAUGCCAAUCCCUUAUGAGGCAGAUGAAGCUACCCUAGAUAAAUACUUUUCAUAGAUUAAUGGAUUGUUACUUACUGGAGGCACUUUGGAGUUAGAAACGGAGUAAGGGCCUUCUAAAUAUUUAUAAACAGUGACACAUCUAUUAAAUAAAGUUCUUAAAGCUAAUUAGUAAGGUGAUACAUUCCCUUUAUUUGCAAUCUGUUUAGGACAUUAGACUUUACAUUUUAUUUUAUCUAAUAAAGAUUAUGAUGUAUUAACUCCAGCUUCAGGAAUGGAGACUGUAAACAAGAAAUUAUUAUUUAAAGACAAAUAUAGCACAAUCUUUAUAGAUUUAAAAGAAUCAAUUUUCAAAUCAAUUGAGACAAAAGAAUAAGUUUAUUUUAAUACUGAUUGGGCGGUUUUGCCUUCAUAUUAUGAUACCCAUUCACAGCUAAACGAUUUCUUUAAGAUUGUUGCUUUAGUUAAAGAUUCAUAAGAAGUUGUUUCAAUAGCUGCAGCUGAAGCCAGAGAAUAUCCAAUUUUUUCAUUAGCUUUUCAUCCAGAAAAGGCAGCAUUCGAAUUCAAAAGUUAAUCAAAACACAAUUAAGAAUCUAUAUAAUUUGGUAGAAAUUUAAUAAAUCAAUUUACUCAAAUUGCUCGAGAGAAUAGUCAUAUUUUGUAGGAUUCUAAUUCGACCAUAUUUAAGAAUAACCCUAUUCAAUUGAGUAGUGCUUCAUUUGUAUAGAUAUACUUCUUUAAAUUGGGAGAAUUAGGUAUAUGA